UUCACCCCCUUAGGAGCAGUACGACGACGACUGGUGGAUCGGGCGAAUCGUGGCGGAGAAGGCCCCCCUCGGCUUCGUCCCCUCCCCGCAGACCCUCGAGCGGAUCCGCCUGGCUCACCGCAAGCUGAAGCAGCACCUCACCCGAGUGCGGACGAAGACGAGGGCCCUGAUGGCCUUCGCCGCCAAGCGGAUGUCGCGGGAAGGCGUGCUCUCUCCGGUGUGCGGUCGGAGGAAGAGGAAGAGGAGUUCAAGUUGGACGAUGAGGAGUCCCUUUUCGAGAAAGAGGACAACGAGAUGCGGCCCAGG